AUGCAGGAGAUGAUCCGCGCCGAGGUGCACAAGUACAUGUCCGACGCGGGCCUCCGCAUCGGGUGCGGCCCCAGCGCCGUCGGAGAGGCGUGCAUGCUGCAGCUGGUGGACGGCGUCAUGCGCACCGCCGUGGAGCACGUCGACAUCGUCACACGGCCGUAG